AUGGCUCCAUUGCAGUGUGGUCUAUGCGAGCAACAGAGGCUGUUCUGGUGCUUCAAGGUCACCAGUGUGACGUUACGCGUCUCGUUUGGGUUGAGGACCCUCCCUGGGGACCAGUGCUGUACUCCGGUGGAGGUGACGGGAAGGCGAGGAUCUCAGAGGAUCUCACAGAUUCGAAGAAGAUGUCUCAGCUGCCUCAGCCCCUUUUGUCAUCUUUCCAUGUCUUUCCAUAUCUUUCCGUCCUUUCACUCCUUUUCUCUGUGUGUUCUCUCCAGUGGGGAGAGUAUCGUUGGUUAA